UACACGUCCUGCUCUUAUCACCUCCACAGGAAGACGUCAAGCAUAAUUGCUCGAAGUGUGUCGAUUUUGGGGGUGGGGGGUUAAUUUUUCACUUUCAGUAAACUUGAAGAUGAUUGAAGAGGCCCUUUUUAGCUCUGGGUGUAGAUAUUCUCUUGCUUCGUGCUGCUUUUAUUUGUGCGGGGUUUGAAAAAGAAGACCGGCUCGCGUUUCAAGUUCAAGCAGCUGAUAUUGUGCAGUGCAGUCAUAGGUCAAGGUUGUGAACGUGAACUAACCUUUAACCUCUUCUUUGACCGACAGUCGGUCAUGAUGGAUUUCACCGGGAAUAGGUGACAACGUUGAACUUCAGUUUUCUAUUCUCACGUCCGGCGUGGUGCACUCCGAAAGCUGUCCAGAAACAAGAAGCACUGACUGCAUUGUUUACUAGCGCCACCUCACUAUGGCUCAAGUGGACAAGACCAAGCGCAUCGGCCGAUGGUAUUUUGGAGGCAUUGCCAGUGCCAUGGCAGCUUGCUGCACACAUCCUCUUGAUCUACUGAAGGUGCAUCUUCAAACACAACAAGGGGGCAAGAUCGGUUUGUUACAGAUGGGUGUCCGUGUUGUCAAGAAUAAUGGCAUCUUAGGGCUUUACAAUGGAUUGUCUGCAUCAGUCUGUCGACAGCUGACAUACUCCAUGACGAGAUUCGCCAUCUAUGAGACUGUCAAGAAACAGCUGACCAAGGAUGGUGGAGUUAUGCCUUUUUACCAAAAAGUGGGCGUGGCAGCCAUAGCCGGAGCCUCAGGAGGGUUCGUCGGCACCCCUGCUGAUUUGGUCAAUGUCAGAAUGCAGAAUGAUAUCAAGUUGCCAAAAGAAGAACGAAGAAACUACAAGCACGCCAUUGAUGGCAUUUACAGGGUUGUGCGCUAUGAAGGCCCCACAAAGGCAUUCAAUGGGGCUACAAUGGCUAGUUCACGAGCUGUCCUUGUCACUGUUGGUCAGUUGGCUUGCUAUGACCAGUUGAAAGCCAUGUUACUGACUUCAGGAUUUUUUGUCGAUAACAUGAACCUUCAUUUGACAUCCAGCACUUUAGCCGGUAUGAUAGCAACUUUACUUACCCAGCCACUAGAUGUGAUGAAGACACGAAUGAUGAAUGCACCACCAGGGACGUAUAAGAGUAUCAUGUCAUGUGCUGUUGAAAUUGGCAAAAACGGACCUAUGGGGUUUUUCAAGGGUUUUGUGCCGGCCUUCGUGAGACUGGGACCCCACACCGUGCUAACUUUUCUCUUCUUUGAGCAAAUCCGUCAAAACAUGGGAGAUGAUCCAGUCUCAUAGGGCAGAGAAUCUGGAUCCUUGUUGAACAAUACCCUCUUUUGUUACGUGGUGCCUUUUACUUGGAUUGAAGAUUAUGCUUGAAGCAGCAGAUCUGUUAGAGUCUGCUUUAGGCAUACAUCUGCCAUCCUUAUGUCAUUGGGUAACAUCGAUGGUCUUUGGCACAAUCAUCAAAGUCUGCAAAGUUUUUUUUUACACCAGAAAAACUGGCAAAUACAAUUUAAAUCAUUUUGAAUCAACCCCCAAAAAAAUCUGACUUUAGAACCAGCUGAAAUACUUACACUUACAAUGUUCUUGAGAUCAGAGAAUUUCUCUUUAUAAUCUGUUUAUAUACACUGUGAGUGCCAAACAUUUGUUCUCGCAAACUUUACUUUUUAAGAGUUUGGUGGAUUGUGCCUGAGCCCAGUAAAAUUCUUGUUUCAAGCCAGUUUGUUGUUCAUUUCUUACUGCAUUUAAGAGUUAUUAGCUUUGGAUAUGAUCUCAAAAAUAAUUGCCUUUAUUUUAAAGAUUUUUCAAGUUUCCAUCACAUUCCGAUGUGGGUAUAGACAAGUCUGUGCUGCUGGCAUGCACAAUUAUAUACUUUGCAAGAAAUCCUACUUCAUUACCAAGUCUCACACCGACUCCAACAUGGUAUUCUCAAGCUCAUUUUCGCCCUUUCUUUGAUUGUAUAAAGGAAGAACAUUCUGUCCUUCUCAUGGGUGUCAUAAAUCACUUUGUCACUUAGUUUUAAUAUGAAAAAAAUGAUGGCAUUGAGAUUUGUACGUGCAGCAGUGAUGAGUAAAAAAAAGCUCACUUUUGACAAUAAAAUUGAUGUGGUGAUUGAUGUUGAAGAGGGAUACCGGUACUGUGUUAUAGUGGGGAAUGAAAGUGUGUGAAAAUUUAUGUCUCUGUUUGUAUAUUUCAGUUUGUGUAUGGUGACUUAUUGAUAGAAUAAGAAAAAGAGGCCUAUGGGCUUUGAAAGAGUUGGUAGCAGUAAAAAACAGCAGUUACUAGGCGCUUUCUUUGAAAGAAACUAGUUAAUAUGAAAUAAGACUGUCAUGUGUCUUGUAGAAGUUUGGAAGGAGGGCCCCUGAUGAUUUUGAUGCCGUGGUCAUAAUGGGCCUAAUUUACAUCAAUCAUUGUGCAUGCCAGCAUAGAUUUUGUUUUUAUUGAAGUGACGCUAACCUGGGCCUGUUGAAAAAUUUGUGAGUUUUUGCAUAUAUUUAUGACUGCUGUAUACAGAUAAUCUAAAUCUUUUUUUUUACACUUUUGACUUCAACAAUACAUCUAAUGGAAUGAAUUCACAUGAGUUGUAGUUUGGCAGUCUUCUCAAUUGCUUGGAAUUUUGUUUUAGAAUUCCUGAGUUGUGACCAAAGGUGUGGCUGAAUAAGUGUGAAAAUGUAAUUCUGUGAUACUUCGGGAAAGAGAUAUGUAUCCUUUUUCCCUUCUGCAUAGUAUUAAAACAGAUGAAUUGGCAUGAGUUACACUAGUCUAAUAGUGUUGGCAGCUUUAUUCAUAUGAUUUAGACUGCUUGUACUCUGUGGUAAAUCUUAUGAUUAUAGAAAUAUAAUGUAGUGUAGUCUGUAGUGUUUUGUGUUGGUGCUCUCCCCCCUCCCAGUUUUUAUAAUAAGCAGAGAAAAUCUCUUGGUUGCAGGUCUCAAGGCUAAAAAUAAAGCCCUCCCCCUUAGUCUUUGGUUUUCCUCUGUUGAUUCUUGUUUUGUUUAUUUGCAAAAGCCAGUUCAUCAUCUUUGCAAUAUGUACACCAUAUAUUGCUUCUUUCAAAAUACACUGUUAUACUUUACAGUAAUAUUAUCUUUUCAAAUCUUUAUUUUUACACCAUGUCUAUCACUUUUCUGUUACUUCACAUCCAUCAAGAGGAACAUUUUUUUACACAUGUCACAGCAAAUGUGUGAAAAUGUUUCUUUUUUCAAUGGUGCGAUACUCUAAUAGUUUUUAAAGACCCUGCAUUGUUGUAUGCAUUUAAGUUUCCCUGUGUCAUGAGUGUUUGAUUUGUUGAUUUUGCUUUUUUUUCCCCCCUAAAAAUGGCAAACAUGUUCCUGCAAUAAUGUGCAAAUAUUACGUUUAAUAAAGUUAUUACAGAUUUUUAA